AUGGCACGUACCAAGCAAACCGCCCGCAAGUCCACCGGUGGCAAGGCGCCCCGUAAGCAACUUGCAGCUAAGUCUCGUAAGACCGCCGCACCGACACAGACGGGCGGCGUGAAGAAGCCUCAUCGCUUCCGGCCGGGGACCGUGGCCCUUCGGGAGAUUCGUCGGUACCAGAAGUCGACCGAGCUCCUGAUUCGCAAGCUUCCGUUCCAACGUCUAGUUCGUGAAAUCGCUCAGGAUUUCAAGACCGAUCUCCGCUUCCAGUCCUCGGCUGUCAUGGCUCUCCAAGAGGCUUCGGAGGCAUACCUCGUCUCGCUAUUCGAAGACACCAACCUUGCGGCUAUCCACGCGAAGCGUGUCACCAUCCAGCCAAAGGACCUUGCACUCGCGCGCCGUUUGCGUGGCGAGCGAUCAUGA